AAUGCCCCCUGUUCUCUCCCAUAGCUUGUCGCUCCAGAUCAGCGAUCGGGACCCAAAUGUGAGGCAUGUUACUCUUGCGUUCCUACCAGCAGCGGUCCUGCACGGAGUGAUGGGGGCAGGGUCCAGCACGCAGCGGGAUUCAACGCAGUUUGCAACAGUCACUUCCAGGAGGAUGGCCGUAGAGAUGUGUAGCGCCUCCGUUUACAACCCCCUUACAGCAACGGGUAUUCCUACAGUGCUUCUGAGAGGAACAUGGAGACGGUAACUCGGUUUUGCUUGAACUUCCCCAGAGUUGGAAGAUUAAAAAACACAAGGACAUCGUUUCUUUAGAAGAGCGAUUUCUUCAUGGACGUCAUUCUCUUCACGCAGUCAAUGAUGUGUGUGUGAGUGGAGGUGGAUGAUGCAGUGGGGCUCUGGUGAUUUGUAAAGACUCCAACAGUCCUGAAUCUCUGCCGUUUUUAGGAGCUGAACUCUGGGCUUCUGUUCAAGAGUAUAUGUCCUGGGCGCGUGUUCGCCAUGGCUCUAGUUCAGGCUCUGCCUGUGCCCACUGAUCACCCAAAGCCCAGUGCUGACAUCCAGCAGUGCUGCUCAGUAUCUCACUCCCCCACUGUGUGUGCGGCAGGAAACAUGGGUUCCGUAAGCAGCCUCAUCUCUGGACGUACCUACCAGGAGCGCCACUGCCGAGCCAUCAGCGAAUUUGGCGCUAAAUAUCGUAAACCCACACCAGCCACUAGCUGCUUCCUACAGCAAGAGGACACACUCUGCAGUGCCAGUUCACAGGAGCAGCUCCUCAACAACCAGCCUCCUUUACCUGCUAAGAACAAGUCCUCUGCCCUAAUUUCUGCUGGCAAUGGCAACUAUGGCUAUUUGAGUGAUGAGCCAGUGGGGGACUGGAAUGAUAAUCAUGUGACUGCAUGCAGCCCUUGCAGUGAUACUGAAGAGCCUCCUGAUAACAGAGGCAUGAAUGGUAACAUUGGUGGCCCUCCGCCCAAGCUCAUCCCUGUGUCUGGCAGGCUGGAAAAGAGUAUGGAGAAGAUACUAAUCCGACCCACUGCCUUUAAGCCUGUCAUGCCUAAGAAUCGCAAUUCUGUGCAGUACUUGUCUCCACGCUCAGGGGACAGUCUGUCUGAAAGCCAGGCCAGUCUCAACCUCCUACUCCCUGGUGGGGUAGCAGGGUUGGUUUGUGCCGAGAAGCGUAACUCGUAUAGUGGGGGUCGCAAUGCACGGAGUAGCCAGUCCUGCACCAUGUCUGACUCAGGCCGCAACUCUCUCUCCAGCCUGCCCACCUACAGCAGCACUGGGUACAGCCUGGCACAGAGCGAAGUAUCCUCUGGCCAGAUUGAAACCACACGCUCUAGUGGUGGCCAUGGACACUCUAAUUCUGACAGCGGUCGAUCAUCAUCAAGUAAGAGCACAGGGUCUUUAAGUGGGCGAGGUCAGCCACUGUCAGACAGCGGAUCAUGUGGGCGGUCCCCUGCUCCAGGGGAAGGAUAUGAAGGUGUUAUUCGUGAACUAGAGGAGAAACUGCGGGAGCGAGACCUGGAGCUACAGCAACUCCGGGAGAACCUGGAUGAGAAUGAGGCAGCCAUUUGUCAGGUGUAUGAGGAGAAGCAGAAACGCUGCGAACAGGAGAUGGAAGAUCUUCGGCAGAGCUGUGCAUCAAAAAUGAAGCAGGUGCAGGUGAAGGCACAACGUGCGCAACAGGUUCUGCAGCUGCAAGUAUUUCAGCUGCAGCAGGAGAAAAAGAAACUGCAGGAGGAUUUUUCCCAGCUGCUGCAGGAAAGGGAGGCACUGGAAAAGAGAUGUGCUUCUUUUGAGAGAGAACAGACUCAACUAGGUCCCCGUCUAGAGGAAACAAAGUGGGAGGUAUGUCAAAAGUCAGGGGAGAUCUCUCUGUUGAAGCAGCAGCUGAAGGACAUACAGGCAGAGCUUGGUCAGAAGACCAGUGAGAUCCUUGCUUUGAAGGCUCAGUUGAGAGAGGCUCGAUCUGAACUGCAAGCCAGCCAGGCUCAUUUGCAAGAAGCCCAUGCAACAGUCCAUACCCGCACACUAGAACUGGAGGUUUGUGAAAAUGAGCUGCAGCGCCGUAAGAGUGAAGCAGAGCUCUUGCGAGAGAAGGUAGGCCGUUUGGAGGUAGAGUCUCUCCGCUUCAAAGAGGCCCUGGCUGUGCCCACGUCCCAAGCUCUUCCUCCUAAAGGCCAAUGCAAGAGUUUACCCCUGCCUCAAAACCGGGGGAUCACUCAUGGUAUUAGCCCUGCUUUCCGGGACAACAGCAGUGAAGAGCAGCUUCUUGCAUAUGAGAGCGAUGAAGCGAAGGUGCAACGACAGAGCGUGGAUGUGUUUCAUGGUCUCCGUCAGCAGGUGGAGCGACUGCGAGCGGAGUUGAUGUAUGAGAGGAGGCGGAGCGAGGACCAGCUGGAGACUUUUGAUGAUGAGCGCAGGGUGUGGCAGGAGGAGAAAGACAAGGUGAUCCGUUACCAGAAGCAGCUGCAACAGAACUACAUACAGAUGUACCGGCGAAACCGUGACCUGGAGCGUGUUAUGAGGGAGCUUAGUCUGGAGCUGGAGAAUAGGGACAUGGAGGAGUUUGACAUGCGAAACAACGAGAUCCACUUUGAGGAGAUCACUGCCACUGAAAUCUAGGCCACAUCUUACUCUCUGCCAUCAUCUCAUUUGAUUCCCUCUCAAAAUUCCCUCCACCAUGGUUGUAUGAGGAGUACUGGUCAUCACAGCAAUAAAAUGCAAUAGAAGCAUGGAAUUCUUAACACUAUUUCAGAAAGACACAAAAUCUCUAACGGAAUGUUAACACCCCUUUACAAUGAAUGGGUUUAGCUUUGCCCCUUAAUUCAAAUGAACACAAAUCUUAAUGCAAUGUCAUACUUUUACAUUCUUGAGAACUGUUUGCCUGAGAACUGUCCAGCAUGACAAAUGCAAGCAAGGUCCAUUAAGGAAUUUUCUACUAGGUCUGGUCUGGUAGAAAUGCUCUGGAUAGCCAAGACCUGAACCCCACUGAACACCUUUGGGAUGAAUUGGUUGUUGAAAUCACAGCAAUCAAUGAAUCGCUGAUGAUCAUAUCUGAAUAGGAGCAAAUCCCUGCAGAUGAUCUUCAAAUCAUAUUCAAAACGUAAGCCUUCUCAGAAUACAGGGAGCUGUUAAGGAGGACCGUCUCUCUAUUAAUGCCAAUGGCUUUGAAAUAAUGUCAAACAAGCACAUAUGGGUGUCAUGUUUGAGUGUAAACAUACUUUUGGCCAUAUAGUGUUCUUGUGUAAGUUAUUGUUGUGGUGUCAGCAGUGGCGAAUUAAAUAAGUACGCGAUAUUUAGACAUGUCUAUGAUACAUUCCUCACACUGCCUCAGAAAUCUGUGAGUGAUUUCAAUUUAAUGUAUGAACAGCAGUUCAUUGAUGCCACCUGUGACAAACCCCUAUAUAACAAUGUUAUAUUACUUCAUUUUAAAAACUUGUGCACAAUCCCAGCAAAGAAAAAUACUGAAAUGUUAAUGAAGAACUGAUGAAAGAUACAGUUUCAUAUGUUUAAGCAUAAUCUGAAUGCUUUCAUAUCACAAAAGGACAAGGCACACUGCUUGGCUCUUCUAUUGUACCAGCACUAACUCUGAUGGGAAAAGACUUGGAAACAUUAUAUGAAGCGUCUAAUGUUAGGUCACUGAAACUGCAGUUUUGUUGCAUUGAUUCUUGAUGUUCUUGUUGUUAUGCUGGUGUUUAGAGUCCUCAAUAACUGUGCCAUUACUUCUCAGUCAUUUAUGGCACUAUGCACCAAGAAUUCUCCAUCUCAUCUCACAGCGUCACUGCUAACACAACAUUUGAUACUAAUCAUUAAUGUAGAGGUGUUAUUUUUUAUAUUAGAUUAUAUAUUAGCAAAUAUAACUAGUAAAUCAGUGGUUUCACCACUCAUAGUGGGUGGGGCAAUUCUGAUCAGUUAUGACAUAGUUGAUGAAUGCAAAUAUUAUAUUAUAUUGGAUUUUUAUGCAAUUCGAGCAAUACUAAUCAAAUGUUUGUGGUCUUUAUGUUGGAAAAAAGGGAUAUAUAUACUAUGUAAACAUUGUUGUUUUUAACGAAACAUACUUUUUAAAAUAAAAAGAGGAAGAAUUUGAUAUAUAUAUAUAUAUAUAUCAUAUUUUUAUAUAUAGCACCAAGCUAUUUUGUGGUAACACAGGUAACUUUGUGGGUUUAACAAAUCUGUAUUGCAUAUUUCGCACACUUUCAAUCCAGAGGGAUUUGCCAUCAGCAGUUCACGGGGAGAUCUGACAGUAGUUCAUACAGCAGUUAGUGCUUUCAUAGUGUUUUUUACAUCUUCUGCACGGGUAUUUAACUUGUCUGUCGAAAAUACAGAACAUCAUUACCACUGACUAUUUAACAGCCUGUUAAAGAAAGGUGCCUUGAACAUUGCCUGAUAACAUUGUUCUAACACCUUUGUCCAAUGUGUGAUUCCUUUGACAUCAGGGAAGAAAAAUGAAAUGAAAUAGAAUAAAAAGAAAAGAAAAGUUUAAAAAAAUUAUAUAAUGAUAACACUAUAUAGCAAUUUAGCCACCAAAACCAAAGAAAAUGUAUUAAAAUUAUGCCAGACCCCUCACAAACAUCUCAUAUUUGAAUGAACUAUUUAACCUUCCAAUGAACACCUAGAACAUUCUAUACUUGGUGCAUCCCUUUAUAUAUAUAUCUGUAUCUAUCUACAGUAUGUCUCUCUCUCUCUCUCUCUCUCUCUCUCUCUCUCUACACACACACACACACACACACACUGGUGGCCAAAAGUUUGGAAUAAUGUACAGAUUUUGCUCUUAUGGAAAUAAAUUGGUACUUUUUUCACCAAAGUGGCAUUCAGAUGAUCACAAUAUAUAGUCACGACAUUAAUAACGGGAACAUUUUACAAUUUGAAAAUAAAUGUUUAGAACUUCUUAAACUACUACAAAGAGAUCUCAUACAAAAAUGCUCUGUGUGCAGCAAUGACAGCUUUGCAGAUCCUUGACAUUCUAGGUGACAUUUCACCCCACACUUCCUGUGGCUUUUGCUAUAGUUGUGGCUGUCUUGUCUGGUGCUUCUCACACACAUUACAGUCUAGCUGAUCCCACAAAAGCUCAAUGGGGUUAAGAUCCAUAACACUCUUUUCCAAUUAUCUGUUGUCCAAUGUCUGUGUUUCUUUGCCCACUCUAACCUUUUUGUUUUUCUGUUUCAAAAGUGGCUUUUUCUUUGCAAUUCUUCCCAUAAGGCCUGCACCCCCGAGUCUUUAUUGUUGUACAUGAAACUGGUGUUGAGCAGGUAGAAUUCAUUGAAGCUGUCAGAUGAGGACAUGUGAGGUGUCUAUUUCUCAAACUAGAGACUCUGAUGUACUUAUCCUCUUGUUUAGUUGUACAUCUGACCUUCCACAUCUCAUUCUGUCCUUGUUAGAACCAGUUGUCCUUUGUCUUUGAAGACUGUUGUGUACACCUUUGAAUGAAAUCUUCAGUUUUUUGGCAGUUUUAAGCAUUGGAUAGCCUUCAUUCCUCAAAACAAUGAUUGACUGAUGAGUUUCUAGAGAAAGCUGUUUCUUCUGUUUUGUCAUUUUUUACCUAAUAUUGACCUUAAGACAUGCCAGCCUAUUGCAUACUGUGGCAACUCAAAAACAAACAUAAAGAAAAGGUUAAGCUUAAUUUAACAAACCAAAUAUCUUUCAACUGUGUUUGAUAUAAUGGCAAGUGAUUUUCUAGUACCAAAUUAGCAAUUUAGCAUAAUUACUCAAGGAUAAGGCGACUUUUUUCAAAUAGUGAUGGUGCAGUUUUUUACAUCAGUAAUGUCCUGACUAUAAUGUGAUCAGUUUAAUGCCACUCUGGUGAAUUAAAGUACCAAUUUCCUUCUGAAACAUUAUUGUAAAUUAUUCUAAACUUCUGGCCGCCAUUGUAUACUGUAUAUUCACACCGAUCAGCCACAACAUUAAAAACCACCUGCCUAAUAUGGUGGUCCCUCGUGCUGCCAAAACAGUACCAACCCGCAGCUCAGAAUAUCAUUCUGAUAUUAUGUUCUUACCACAAUUGUACAGAGCGGUUAUCUGAGUUACCUUAGACUUUGCCAUUUGAACCAGUCUGGCCAUUCUCUGUUGACCUCUCUCAUCAACAAGGCAUUUCCAUCCGAAACACUGCCGCUCGUUUGAUGUUUUUGGCACCAUUCUGAGUAAAUUCUAGAGACUAUUGUUCGUAAAAAUCCCAGGAGGUCAUCAGUUACAGAAAUACUCAAACCAGCACAUCUGGCAUCAACAAUCAUCCAUGCAGUUAUCUAAUCAGCCAAUCAUGUGGCAGCAGUCUAUAAAAUCAUGCAGAUACAAGUCAGGAGCUUCAGUUAAUGUUCACAUCUACCAUCAGAAUGGUGAAAAAAUGUGAUCUCAGUGAUUUGGACUGUGGCAUGAUUGUUGGUGCAAGACUGAUCAUUGUGUGUGUGUGUGUGUGUGUGUGUGUGUGUGUGUGUGUGUGUGUGUGUGUGUGUGUGUGUGUGUGUAUACAU